ACUUCUAUUGCUAUUUAGCCCCAAAUUCAGCUACGACUCUCUCGAGGGUAUCAAAGAUAUUCUUUAAAAUGUGGACAAUAUUUUAUUUGGUGUUACUUGCGUGUACGGUGGUUUGGACAAAUGUAUCAGGUCAGGAAUACCUACCGCCUAAGAUCGGCGGCGCGGGAAGUGCUAAAAAACCGGCAUCGGAGCCUACGUUACCAGCAAAUUAUGAUUUUUCUUACGACGUGCAAGACAACGCGGUAAAUCUUGAUUUUGGCCACAACGAAAAGAGAAAGGAUGACCGCGCGACGGGCUCGUUCCAUGUGCUGUUGCCGGAUGGUAGAAUGCAGCUGGUCGAGUACGAGGCAGGACCAGAUGGGUAUAAACCUCAGGUGAUGUAUAUGGGCACAGCUACGUUCCCAACAGCGAGCUCAGGGGAUAAAUUCGAUGGAUACCACUACAACGCUGCGUCAAACCGGCAGAGUGUAAGACAGGCAGCACCACGAGCAUCCAGACAACCAACACCACCACCCUUGCCGGCACCGUCACCACCUUUGCUGUUGCACGCAGCAUCCGGCAACGCUACGCUAUAAAAACUAUAAGCAGGACUACACUGUAGUCUAAUUUCAACAUUGAUUUAAAUCCAAUCCAGUUUUGUACUGUCCUUUUAAAACUUGAU